AUGCCAGGUUAUGACCCUGUUGACUGGUUGUCCUUUCUUCCUGAAAGCCAUUCUGUGGAUUGUGUGAUAGGACAUGGGACUGCUCUUGGUCGGCAAGUGCAGUGUAUAAAACGUCAGUGUAAGUGCAAGUGGAUUCAGGUCGUUCAUACAGCUCCUGAAGAGCUUGGAAUGUACAAGUCCUAUGCAGCUGCCAUUUGGAAAGGUGAGAAAAAGCACCAGGAUGAGGUAAAACUCUGUGAAAAAGCUGAUCAAGUUGUAGCUGUUGGACCCAAGCUGGCUGAAGCUUUCUCAGGUUAUCUCCGUGCCUGUGGAAAGGAUCAAGAUGUUCUUAAUCUUACCCCAGGCAUCUUCUCAGAAUUUGCCAAUGUAAAGCAAGCCACUGAAGAGAGAAAAACAUUCAGUGUCUUAGUGUUUGGGCGUGGUGACAAUGAAGACUUUCAGCUGAAAGGAUAUGACAUCGCUGCUCUCGCUAUUGCCCAGUUGAAAGACGAGACAGAACCAUAUAAACUCUUGUUUGUUGGAGCUCCAAGUGGCAAAGAGGAGAAUGUAAAAGAUUUGUUACUCGAGCAAGGCAUUGAUCGCAGUCAACUAACUGUACGUUGUUUCAAUGAGAGCAGAGAGCAGUUAGCCCGGUUGUUUUGUGAAGUAGAUCUUGCCAUAAUGCCAUCACGAACUGAGGGAUUUGGGCUAGCCGCCCUAGAGGCUUUAUCUGCUGGUCUGCCUGUGCUGGUCAGUGGGAACUCUGGUCUUGGCGAGGCUUUACAGGAAGUUCCGUUUGGUCCAUACUGUGUAGUGGAGUCAGAAGAUCCUAAAGACUGGGCCAAUGCUAUCAGAGGUGCCCGUAAAAAAAAAAGGAAAUUCCGUCUUGAUGAAUCUAAAAUCCUAUGUGAAAUCUAUGCAAAAGUGUACAACUGGCAGGAUCACUGUAAAAGACUGAUUGAAAUAAUGUGCAACAUCUCUCGAGGUAAAGAGAUCACUUAGCGUGCGCAGGCGCUUGGACAGGCUAGAGAUCACACUGUCUUAAGUGAGGUCUCUGUGUUUUCAUACACAUGUAUUUAAUUAAUAGAACUGCGGGAGACACAAGUGAGUUUGUUGUAGUAAGAAGACGCAGUGAUAAGAAACCUGCGGCCAUACUCACAGUUAUAUCUGGGGACAUUUUAAACUUUGUCUGUUGGCUUAUUUCGUGCAUCAAAACAAAGUAUUAUCUUCGUUUUUGAUUGGCUUAUCAACUGAUUUUAAAUUUCGUUGGACAUGAAGGUUCGUGUCGCUUAAAGUAUAUUUUCGAAUAGGUUAAAGACAAGCUAAAACAUUCUUACCUCCAUCGAUGUGAAGUUCAUUUUCGAUAGUGCAUGUUUAUCGGCAAAUUUACGAGAUAAUGGGUUGUUCAGGUGUGCAAAUAUUCUCCAAAUAGCAGAUGUCAUCCGUCGAGUUGUCUUCUUGCUGUUCUUGCUUUUUUGUUUAGCCAGUGGUUCGCCUAUUUCUUCCUCGUGAAACGAGUGAAAUGACGGUUCCGCCAUUUUGUAUUCACUAGCAAAACAACUUAACCUCGUCCCUAGGUUUUCAAUAAUCCGUUCAGUAAUCUGGCAAUAUUUUGCUGCACGAUUGACGUCAUCAGUUCACGUAUCGCAAAAUUCUUCCAAAUUUGGUCGACAGUAGCUGGUUAUGAUGAAUUAUGCGUGAGAUUUUAGCCAAUCAGAAACGGAGAAAUAUUUUGAAUGAAUAAUAAUUGUAUCUAUUAUCGACGUUCCUCGAGAGAAAAAAGGCAAACAAAUUGGCCAACUAUCCUGUUAUUUCCAUGGUCCAUAGCUCUCGACCAAUCAGCGUGGGAGAAAAAAUCGGUCAGUUAUUGUAAAAAACGUAGUUUACUCAAUGGAAAAAAAUUGAACGAAAUGAAAUGAUAAAAUUUCAGGCUCAUCAGAGGGAGUUCAACCUGCGAAAAAAGGUAAAAGGUCAUCAUUACCUCCAAGUGGUGUCCCAGAUCGAAAGCACCCAAGGCUGUCGAAAGAUGAAGGUAAAGCGUGCGUUUGCUGCCCUUUGUUAACGCUAGGGUGUAUAAUGCGCGCUUCGUUUUCACAAAGAUAAGAAUUAAUCAUUUGUUUGAUAAGCAGUUGAAAAGCAAAAUUAUAGUUUUCUAAACCAUUACCCUUCACAGCUUGAGUCAUUUAAGCUUGACCAAAACAUUACGCUGUUGGCCGACCCCGAGUUUCAUGCUUUCUUGAUUGGAAGCUUGCAAAACAGAGAAAGGCAAAUUAAUGAAAGUCACGUAAAAACCCUCAGCCUAUAGAUCGCAGAACGUGUUCACACGAACAUUUCACGAUGGACCAAAUCUAUAACUCUAUAUAUUACAAAAAUAUGUAAUUACUAAGUCAACUUAUUACGUUAAAUACAAGAAUAAAGAAACAGUAAGAAAGUCUACUUUACAAGGAAGCUGUGUAUAAAACGUAGUUAAAAAAAUCAUGAAGCAUCACUGCUAACUUUGAAAGUUUUAACUUAGAUUUGAAUUCAUCAAGUCAUUGAUGGCGUUUUUCUGAUCUCCAGGGGAAAGCUGUCCCACAGCACCGGUCGACUGUAGGAAAGACUGCUUUAGCGAUAAUCAGUGCGUGGCUGAGGAAGGGCAAGCCCAUGGUCACUCUGUCUUAAGUGGUAAGUUAGAGAAGCAGGAAGACGUACAAAACGCCAAACUCAGAUAUGCAGUAACCGCUUCAUUCACAACAUUAGACAGUACAUCAAAAUUUCUUUACUGACCAAGCGCUGGUAGUCAAGUUUCACCUAAUUUAACUUCUGAAACAGUCAGUAGUGCGAUAAUAAUAAUUAAAACAAAAAUGCAGAAUCACGCGUUUUAACUUUUUCUAAUUAUUAGAAAAAUUAAUUAUUUUUCUAAUUAUUAGAAAAAGUUAAAACGCGUGCUGCAUCAGUGAUUCUGCGAUUUUGAAGAAAGGCUCUUAGGGCCGGGUUACAUGGACGUGGGAGACCCCAGAUGGGUGAGGUAACAUGUGGCGGGUCACCCCACCUACCAUGUAAACGUGAUCAAAUUAAAAUGAGAGAUUACAUGGACAGGCGGGUUACCCCACCUAAGCGGGUUACCUCAUCUACCUGGGGUCGCCCACCUCCAUGUAAACAGGCCCUAAGAACAGAUAGCUCAUACCACGGAAAAGUAAUCAAAAUUGGACUGUCACUAAAGAAUUGUCCUGGGUGUCGUGAGUUGGAUCUCGAGAGGGAGAAAAUGCCUAAUACGUUUGAGAAAUGAAACAAGCAAACCGUGGAGUGUGCAGGAAUGUCGUAUAUUAGAAGGAAAAGAGUUCCAAAUCUUCGGUGCCCACACAGCAAAGCCCUGUUCCCAUAGGUUUUAGUUCUAGGUUGCAUUAGUAAGUCUUAAGAGUUUCAGCGUAAGGUCCUUAUCGAUUUCUGAUGGUGCAAAAGCGGAUCCGCCAGAUAUUUAGGGCAGAAACCAAUUUUAUAAGAGCUUCAUGCGUAAAAAAAAGAAGCUUAAACACAAUCCGAUACGAGGCCAGCAACCAAUGGAGUUUUGUUGAGCUAUUUUGAAAAAAUAGCUCAUAUGUCAGUGGUGUGAGCGUAUGUAUCUUUGUGGCUUUGUAUCUUGGGAUGUUUGUUGCAAGAGCCAAUAAGGUUGAAGGUACUAUGAGUUGAUGCUUAGGAACCAAUGAGAUCUUGGCAUCUAUUUAAACAUGGCAUUGGUAAAGGUCGAACAAGGGCACUUUGAGACCGCCAUCUUGAUUCUUCACAAUUUUUUCGUCUUUUAUUACGGCUACAGGUGUUUGGAAGAAUUACAUUAAAUAUCUUCAUGAUUCAAACGCUGUGUACAGUGAUGCAGCUGUUUAAGGGUUCAUAUUUUAGUAUGGAUGCUGCUUCAAGGCAUUUCUGACCUAAUUCGGCAAUCAGUACAACGCACGUCAGCAUGAGUUCUAUUUCACCUGCUACAACUGGGUAGAGUAUUAAAGAUCAUAUAUUUUCAAAGCUCUUCCAGUGAAGCAAUAAUUGAUAUUUAGAUAUAGACUUUAAUUCGAAAGUAUGCGCCCUAUAAAAUGUGGUUUUAGAAGUUUAAAAAGGCAGCUUAUUUUGGUGAAAGCUGUACCGAGUAUUGUUAAUCCUGUAAACAAGCUUUAAAAAUAUUAUUCUCUCGCUUACAAAGUUCAACAGACCUUUUUCCUUCUGGCAAAACAAAAAAAAAGAAUAAUAAGUGAACAACAUGAUACAUCCUUCCUGCACACUAAGUAUUAUAGUUUCUGAAACGUAUUUUAUUUAGUGAAGACGCGUAACUUAAGUUAAAACAGUAGCGUUAGGGAAUAAAAUUGGAAGAAGCUAGUUGACACAAUAAUUAGAUACUGUUGUAUUGAGUGGAGUAACAUGAUACAAGUAGAAAUAUAUUUCGGCAGUUUGAUAAUUUUCUUGGAAGUUAAUAAAUGUUAGGCUAUCAACCUUGACGUUGCAUGAAACAUAAUUUAACUGCAGAUGUUGUAAUAAAGCCGAGGUGAUUUCUGAAAAUCGCUUGAGAAAAUUUUUUAGUAAAACAAUUUGCCUUUUUUUUAACCUACGAAUUGUAAAAGGGCCAAAGACCAACAUCUUCACAUGCAGAUUGUGUGCAUGAGUUAUUUUUAUAAUUCUGUUUACUAGAUUACUGUGUGAUAACUCUAAUUCCCUCACGUACGAACCACGAAAGGGGGCAAAGUCCAACACUUUCACGUGCCAGCUGUGUGACUGUACAUCUCAUGCAGAUUGGCUUUUCACAAUGAUAAAUAGUAACUUGGACGUAUGAAGACCUAUUUCGUUUUGUAACCAAUGCCUAAAAAAGGCUCUCGUCUUUUAAGAAGCAAUAGCUUUUAAAACAUGAAGAAAUAAGUUGUCGGAGUUAAAGACUGUUUCACUGAGUAGAAUCGCACGUGAAAACCUCGUGAAUUAUGAUGAUGCAACCAUCUACCACAAUGAUAAAAAUCCUGGUAUUUCGUAACUAUUCAGUAUUCGAUGAGUCACAUUUUGGCUUAAGAAACUCAGAGGAAACCUUAGAGUUUUCCUUCUAAUCAACGUUUGGUGGGUAGAAAUUUAUUUUACUUUAACAAUUUGUCCAACUUGCACCAGAUGUAACAGGGAAAGACAGAGGAAAGUGAAUAUAUAGGUUGAGGAUCGACUCAGCUGAGCGUUUCGCGUUUUCAUUUAUGUAGCGCAAUACCCAAUUUCGCACAAAAACCAAAUCUACAUUUAGGAUGAAAAAGGUAGAUUCAUCGUUCUUGGUAAGGUUACACCGAAGUAUUCAAAAUAGCUCAUGCACGUUUAACGUGCCUAUGUUUCUAAUAUUGUGGGGGGUGAUGUGCUCAUAUUUCUUCUUAACAGUGACAAAACUAGCAGUGGUGUGCCGAAAUUAACUUUUGCUUGGGCAUUCCAAAAUACAUAUGGUCGCAAUAAUCCAGUCUCCUAGUUUUAAUUAGUCUGCUACACAGCCGUUUUGAGUGUGGUCACGCAAUGCUCCUCCCCACAAACGGCUGCAGAAAACCGAACUACAUUCCUUUCCCUUUGUGUUUGUGGUCUAACGAACAAGCCAAUCAUGCACAAGAAGUUUGACAAUACGUGAGCCGCGGGGCGCUAGGAAGCGAGCACGUCUCUCAGUUUUCGACAAAUCAAUCAAUCGUCGCUGAAUUUAGACGGGCUCUGUGUUUUCAAGCAACGAAAAGGUUAAUUUGCAAAAAAGUUUGUUUUAAGCGGUCAAGAAAGUUCCAAGUGAAAGAAAUGUUUGAUAGGCCUAGAAGACUUUUACCAGGAUCGGUUGGUUCUUCAUUUAACGUGCAUAUGUACUGAUAUGUGUUGAAGAAUUUAAAUGUGCCGGAUGUGCUCAUUGUGUUCCUGUGAAUACUAAACUCUCAAGGGUACUGAUUCUAAAAGCAAUCUUUUAAAUUAUCGAUGAGCGAUUUCCCGAACUAUACCUGGCAACUUUAUGAGCACAUCCACGUUGUGCAUCGCAAUUUGCUCGACUUGCUUGCUGCUGGUGCUUAUCUCCUAAAUUUUAAAUAGGACUCGACUGCGACAACACUACUCUAGUUAAAUGCUUGUUUUCACGCGACGUUUUGAUUAUUCUGUCAUUCACACAUGGGGCACCGAUAAAAGCAAAGCUGUGAUUGGAGGAGUCACAGUACCGCAAACGUGGCGCGAACACUUUCCAGAAAAUGGGAGCUGAAUUAUAAUUGGCUAAUCACGGGAAAGGAAUGUAGUUCGGUUUUCAGCAGCCGUUAGUGGGGAGGAGCGUUGCGUGACGACACUAAAAAACGGCUGUGUAGCAGACUAAGUUUUAAUUGGAUGUACAGCCUUCGAGGCAGAAUUUUCAUCUAGAUAUUCGCGAAUUCUGAAUAUAUUCCUUACAUGGCGGAUUGAAGACCCAAAACCUCGAUCUAUUUCUUCAUCAAACGUCAUAUGCUUGUCAAAGAUGACACCAAUAACAUAAAGGCUGGUGACUUUUUUGGAUACGGAAAUUCGUUCCUAACCAAAUUACAUGCUCUCAGUCAAGAGAAGAUACCGCGGUACGAAACCAGGAGUAAAUAACCAACAUAUCAGUCAAGUUAAGCUAAAUUAAGCUUUAACUCAUUCUGUCCCAUCUAACUACUUAUUUCGGCCAUAUAGCUAACAAUGCUUUCAAUGUCCGCAUUUAUGUCGUCAGUUUUGAAGGUCAGGUAGAGCUGUGUAUCAUUCGCGUAAAGAUGGUAAUUUAGUAAUUGUAACUAUCGAUAAUCUCUGAGAUUAGAGAUGUAUGAUGAAGGUAUAAUAAGGAACCUAUCUCUUUGGUACCCCAACGAGCAAAUCAUAACUUUUAAAAUAAUGUAAUCGUACAUGAGUUUUUGAAUAUUCUUAAUAACGGAUGAUCCGUCUUUUCAUCUGUUUGGUCUAGAGCUUUCAGCUAGGUCCCAAAGGUAAUUUCCCUCCAAGGCAAUAUACUUGGGGUCGUAUUUUGCUUCAUUUCGUCUUUUUAGCUAAAUUAACUAUUACUUUCACGAAAAACUGGAGGUGUUUACCUAAAAGUAGACAUAACAUUUAUUGGGAGAUGGUGCAAACCAAACAUUUUACAGCGCCGCAAAAAAUGCCUAAUUUUCAGUUUUCAAGAUGUGCAAAUUGGCCGUGGCGGGACAAAAUACUCAGCGCCCCCCAGCGCGGCCAGGAAAUUAUUGUGAAUCAAAGUUAUAGCCUCGAUAAAGCCUUUAACUUGCCAGAGUUUCAGGCGAAAUUAUUUUUCACGCGAAAUUGAGUGGGCGGUUUUUGCUGAGACAGCCUCUUUAGUCUCUCAGACUUCUUUGCCGAUCAAUAACGCAGAAUCACUCUCAAGAAUUUCUUGUCCUUUUUGUCCUCACUGAAUUUUUUAUCCUUCUUUCUCGUCAAUCGUUGGACCCAUCUCCUGUAAUUUUGAGAUGGAUUUUGUUUCUUUGACGCACUAGAACUCUAGAAGGUUUGAAAGUAUAUAUAUUUUAUCUCUGAUGCCAUAAGACAGAUAAAAUGCUUUAUCUUGUAAACCAGACAAAUGCGAUGCUCAGUGGACUGAACCUAAAUUUAUUUAUGUGAAGAAGCUGUACCCGUUUUAGAUAAUCUUGUUAGUCACUUUCCUUAGAUCUAAUUUCUGCCAAUUUGCUCUGCUUCUAAUUAUGACCACAAUAAGAACAACCAACACUUGUGAAAUAUUUUUUUUGUAUGUUUUCAGCAGAAAGACUUGACAUCCAGAUCGAUUGUGCCGCCAGAGAACAAGGAGCAUAUCCUUCUACACAACAAGUUUUGAAUCGUAUUGCAGCUGGAUCUUUUGAAACCUUCAACCCCUCAAAUCCAGAUGGGUUAAAAUGUUUUCAUCGGUAUUUGAGAGACAUUCGCCAACUACUAAUUGUUGAUAACAAGAUUGGAAGCUUGAUAAUCACAGUUCGGUGUAGCUCACUACGUAUUCUUGAUGAACUCUGGGAAGAUUAUCGCACGGGCCAUCUAAAAGAAGUGGCACAGAGGUACCUUGUGACAGAGGACAUUCUACAACAAUUGGGCCUUGACUCAGUGGAAUUAACGCUGACCAUCAGUGAAGAAGAGUACAAAGCUUACCGAAAGAACUUUUUGAAAAGUGAAGGUAGGUACCCUAAAACACUUGUCACGCGUAGUAGUUUAGAGUAACAGUGAGUUGGGAAACGCCUUAGAAACGCGUUUACCCCCUGUUCCUUUUUUUUUUUUUUUAUCAAUCUGCAUUACUACUAUAACAAUGCAGGAAAUGACCCCUGUUUUGAAUAGUAAUAAUUAUGUACUCAUCAUGUUCCUGAGCACGUAUAGCCUGAGAAAGCACUACCACUGGUUUCCCCGCUAAAUGACGUCUGAGAAACGAGCGCAGAAAUUCCAUACUGAUGACGCGUCACUACCCAGAUCUGGGUAGUGCUUCUAAUUGGUCGUGCCGCGUGGGAAAUUUGAUUCAACCAAUCAGAAGCACUGCCUACGCAUUGGAGAGAUUUAGAAUCACGUUUACGGCAAACGCCAAUUUGUACCACGUGACCGAGUUUCCCCUCAACGUUUCGUGUACAGUUCAUUACUUCUUUGAAACAAAUCGAUAGUUUCACGUUAUUUUCAUCCCCAAGAAUUAGUUUACACAGUUUUUAACUGCUCAUUUCCUGUUUUGAGAAACAGUCAACUUAAAUCUGACGAUUGCCAUUUGCCGUAAACAUGAUUCUUAUUCUCUCCAUUCGUACUUGGAGAAAAAUCUUUUAAUGUCUUCUGUGCAAUCCGCCUACCGUAAAGAUCACUCCACCGAGACUGCCCUGCUUCGAGUUAUGAAUAAUAUUUCUAUGAACUACAUGUAAUGAUCGUCGGCAUGAUGUUGUUUUAAUGCUUGAUCUGUGAGUCGCACUUUUUGAUACCCUGGACCAUACUAUACUGGUUUUUAAUUACUUCGGUUUUUCCCACACGGUGCUAACAUGGUUUUCGUCUUACUAGUCGCACACAUUCUGUUAUCACUGCAAACACAACAUCUAGCAGUCGGAGGUUAGGGUUUGGAGUUUGGCAAGGGUCGUUACCAGGACCUCUCUUGGUUACCCUUUAUAUAGCGCCUUUUCAAGCCAUAAUCUCUGCUCAUAACCAAGACUGUACUUUCUAUGCACAUGAUUCUCAACUAUACGUUACUGUUGGUCCUUUUGAUGAACGUCCUACCCUGAACACCGUUCAGAAGAGUAUCUGUGAAGUUAUAAAAUGGAACACCAAAUAUAAGUGCAAUCCUUGUAAAACAAAGGCCAUUCAGUUUAGUUCUGGUUCUUCAAGAACCCAGUUUUUUAGUGUUUUUUCUAUUGGCAACGCUCUAGUACAACCAUCAGGCUGAGUUUAUACACUUGGUGUCAACCUAGAUAGAGAGCUCAAUGCUAUACAGGCUUUGCUGGCAGUUCGGUUUAUUGGCAGUUCGAGGAAGUUUGGCUGAGCAACGAUCACCUUAAGAUGAUGGUCAGUGCUUUCGUCAUGACACACUUUGAUUAUGUAACAGUUUAUACACCUGUGGCCUACCCAAGCGAGAAAUAUAUACAUGUAAGCUGCAGCAAGUUCAGAACUGUGCCGCACGCUUAGUUUCGGAAAAAGAAAAUCCGUCGAUAUAAGUCCCGUCUUGAAAGACUUGCACUGACUUACUGUUGGCUUACGCUUUUUUUAACAUUUAAAAUUUUAAAUGAUUUAGCGUCUUAGUAUUUGUCCUCACUCCUUGUAAAAUAUAAACUAGCCCUUACGUCUCCCAUAUUUUUGGUCAAAGUUCCAGCAAACUCACAGUAAGCCUGCUGUGUGAUCGUUGCAUGUGCACGAGUGAGACGCUAGUAGUCAUCUUUGCACUGCACCUUUAUCCAGGCUAAAGGCGAUAAUGCCACCUUUGGACUUGGUGUCUCGAUUGAUUGGUUGCUUUUUGUUUGGUUUAAAAAUCCAAAUCCAUACUAGUAGGUUCUGUGCACAGCGAACUCGACAUCCAGCAAUACGUGUUAGCAAAGUUAAUUUAUUAAAAGUGAAAUGGUUGGGAUGCCCUUUGUUAUAGGUUUUUGUUAGCUUUUUUGGACCUGAACGUGCACAAAGUUCAAUAGCAUUCCUAUCAUUUUGAUCUUACUGACCAAUAGAAACAUCCCAUUAAUAUAUUCAGUCACAAUUUGUGAACAAAAAACAUGUGAUUGUCCACGGUCAGGAAGCUUCCAACAUAACCUACAGCACCACGACGCUACCACUGGUUUCCCCGCGAAAUGACGUCUGAGAAACGAGCGCAGAAAUUCCAUACUGAUGACACGUCACAACCCAGAUCUGGCGUCAUCAGUACGGAAUUUCUGCGCUCGUUUCUCAGACGUCAUUUGGCGGGGAAACCAGUGGUAGCGUCUCCAAAUGUCGGGUGUGUUCUCAGGCUAGUCUGCCCGCAGCUUACUCUAGGUUGACCCUGUUUCCUGUUUCCUAAUGCUCUUUCCAUUAUCUUGCACAUGCACGGUGAGGAUGCAAGUCCUUAGGGGUAGAAGAGAAAUUGCCUUUGGCUAGAUAAUUGCUUAUUCCUCCUGCGUUUUACGUUCAUCUCUCAGCUGCACUAAAACUACGGGUGUUUUUAUUGUUUUUCAGGAAUUGUUGAACCAGUUGAAAACACCUCCCUUCCUGAUGACCUUUCAUUAGUUGCCGUUAAAACUGGGGGCGAACAGACCUUACCUACUGAUGCCGCGCCGACAGAAUUUUCUCAGGUAGAUAUAAAAGAAAUAUGUGAAAAAGUCAUUAUGAGCUGGGCACAGUUUGAAAGUUAUAUGAAUGUUUUGUAAAACUCUAACAAAUAGUACACUUCUUAGUUCAGUUGUUUUUAAAAAAGACUCCUUAUCGUUUGUCUUUGUUAUUGAUCGGGGCGUGAAGACCUCUCAGUAGCACCCUGGUUGCUAGUGACUGGUGCAUUUCUAACCUCACUCAUGGUUGGUGGAUUUUGAUCCUUAGCAUUGUUAAUGUUAGAAUCUGUUCCUGCAGCGAACGGUGUUGCGCAUUCACGCUUCUGCAUUCUCUGUAGAUGUUGGUAGGGUGAAGUCGAUGUUACGUAGCACGCUAGUCUGUUUUACCCUACGGAAGUGACAAUGAGGAUGUCUUCCAAUAAGCUUAGCCUUGUCGGGUUAAAGAGGAUAGUGGCUGUAUUUAUGUGCGUGAUCCACAAACGAGUUUGUAAAAGCCUUAUGUCUCUUUCAUGCUGUGACCCUUAUGACGGGAUUAACGUGACUCCAGUCAUAGCGCGCUGUUUUGAAAGAACUAUCAUCACUACAGUAAGAAAGUCUUUGAGGAAAAUCUGACGGACACCCAAUUUUCGUAUAGGGAUUGCAGUAGUUGCGCGGACGCCUUAAUUCAAGUACAGUACAACUAUUUAAAGGCACUUGAUGAUAAGGAUUGUAACUGUGUUAGCUUUUUGCAAUGGAUUUUUCAAAAGCCUUUGAUAAUGUGCAACGCUCAUUAGUUGGGGAAAAGCUAAAGGCUCUUCCUCUUAAUCCAUAUGUUGUGAACUGGUAUUUAAGCUUUCUAGUGGAUAGGAAACAACGACUAAUAUGUAAGAGCGUUACCUAAUAUAUAGAUUUAGCCAUGGCUAAAAGCGUAGCUCUAGUAAUUAAUUUAUAAUUUAAAUCAAACCAUAAAUUUCUAUCCACAAAUCGGUGAACUGGGGAGAUCCAUAUGACGGCUGGGUGACUUAAGAGAAAAAAUAAUUGCAAACAGUGCAAAAAUGAAGCAACAUCUAAAAUCUUACAUCGGGUUAAUAGUCUCUUUUGUACACCUAAUAAAUAGAAAUCACCUUUGGCCACAGUAGAUUAGGCUUGGAAAACAAAUUCUUCCCGAGCAAAUUCACCUCAGCCGUGCCCACCUAUACCACCUUUAUUUUAUAAUUUUAUAAUUUUAUGCUAUAAAGGCCGUAAAGACGCCAUAGUCCCUGGUGGCAGCCAAUUUACUCGUUACAACUUAUCGAUGUCUCUCUGUGUACAGGAAAGGCCAAAAUGAAAAAUCAGGUUGGAUUUUUUUUGAGUGGCUCGGUACAAUUCUAGCUGAUAGCGCGUAAACGAGCCUUUUUACACCAUCUCUGAUGUAAACAGAACUAUCAGGUGUUGUUUGUUUUCAGACCUCCGACAGAAUUUAUGUCAUUUUCUGCCCUAUUUUAAUGAUAAUUCUGCAGUUUUUUACGGAAUAAUCUUACAAGACAAAUUGCACUCAUUCAGUAUUCAGGAGGAUCAAAACACACGCUUCCCUUCCACAACAAAUGAUAAAAAUAACAGCAUUAUAAAACGCUUUUAUAUAGAAAAUUCACCAUUAGACGGGACUUUUCAGUCAGGCCAAUCUACCAUUAUUUAGUAUGCGGGGUAAUAACGGGCUUUGAGGACAAAAUUUCGAAGAAAAUAUAUUUUAAUUGAGCUUACAAAAUCACCCGUCCGACCAGCCAAUUCUGAAUUUUGCCAAGCGCCAAAACUUAUAAUGAGACCUGUCGAGUAUUUGAAUGAACGCUGGUAAUGAAGAAGAGGUCUCAGAAUCAUUUUCGUUUGCAUUUUUCUUCCUAAAUGCCAUAUUCAUUUGAUACACGCGGCAUUUUAAGUACUCUUGCAUGUGGUGUUCACGGACGGACCUCACGGAUGACUGAAAACAACAACUGGCAAAACGAUCAUGUAAGAACGAGAUCUUGACAAACAACCAAGACAAGAAAUAUAAUGCAAAGAAACAUUUAAAGGUCAACAAUUUUUAUUCCCGAAGACGUGUUUUGCGAGUAAAGUGUCUCUGAAAAUCCUGAGUCACGAAUAAAACCUUGCAGAUUUAGCCUUAAGUUUUAAGCCGCCUUCGCCGUGUUUGCUAUUUUGCAAGAUGAACUCCAGGCAAGAAUAUCGCUCAAAGCUUUCUUUUUACAAACAAUAGGAUAAUCAAACUAUUUUUCAGAACUUUUUCUUCUAGUGGCGGUCAGAAAAUGUCUUAAGACUUUUUAAGUUCUUUACUAGGUCAGGUAAAUUUCUCAAAUCUUACAAAUGUGCGUAAAAUGACGGCAUAAACAUGGAAAAAGAAAACACAUAAAAUGCAAUAAAAUUACUCAAGCUUACCGGUCGAGAUGCAGCACGGAAACCCAUCAAGUAAGGCCAGAAUCGCUUAAGACUUUUCGCACAGUCCAACAAGGCGAAGUAAGCUUACUAAGAGUAGCUUAUUUUUGAAAACGAUGAUUCCCGAUUUGUUUUUGUCGUACGGUGCAUUUUUUCAACCACAAUCCAGUAAACAAGCCAGCCAAGGAUAGCAAAAGAAUGUUAAUAGCUGCUGUAUUUCAUUUUGUAGAUCCAGUGCAAAAAGACAGGUAAAAACAUCACAAGAUGACUCAAAACUCUGUCAGCUUCAGCUAUCAGUGAACAAGUCGCAGAUGCUGCAUAAAUUUUCCACUUGAAUCCUCUUCGCUAGCGCGCCUGUUAAUUCUUACUCUAUGCCUUUCUCUUCUUUCUCUUUCCCGUCGCUCUUCACUUACAAGCAAAUAGUUUGAAUUCAAUCCGCUAUUGUUUGUUGUCAUAACAAUUUUUUCGAAACAGUUUACUAGAAACUAGCACUACGGUCACAAAAUCUUUAUGCAAUGAAGUAGUUGAAGUAAACAUGUUUUUGAACGCCACGCCAUUUCUUGCGCGAUUUCCCGCCAAGAAAAAGGCGGGUUGCCCAAAUGCAUCGCGCGAUUUAUAACAUACUCCUCCCCCGGACGGGCUGACACUUGAUUCCCUUCCCUCCCCCGCAAAGAGUGUACGGGCGUACGCUACAUCAUAACCAAAUUUUAUUGGAUGGAUGGUUUACCAAUAUUUCUUACCCAUGGUGCUCCGCUGGCGCGCUUCGCGCGCCGGAGCUCCGCUAGAAAUCGUAUAGUGUAAACAAAGGAACCGCCCAGGGUAGUGUUACUGGACCCCACCUUUUUCACCUUGUUUAUUCAUGAUUUGGCCAUUAGGGACAACGACCUUACUAGCAUAGUCAAAUUUACUGAUGACACUGCCCUGCAAGUCAAAUUAUGUACGAAUGAAGUAGAUCUUUCUAGUGAGGUUGUCAAUCAGUUUUUCAAUUGGACACAUAAUAAUGCCAUAACAUGUAAUCUUAAAAAAAUGUAACAAAUUGAUACUUUGUAAGAAAGAAGCCCACGAUAUAGAUCUCAGUAUUAUUUUCGAAGAUGUUUAAUAUAGUGAAUGAAAACAAACAACCAACGAGCUUAAGAUGAGUAUUUUCUCAUCAUGAUGGAACUGUCUCGUCAGUGUAUUGUCGCAUUGAUCGUACAAUACCAAGAGCCAUAAUGGCUCUCGAUAAUACACAAAGUUUAUAUUCACUUUUGUAUAUCUCACAGAGUUUUCUAGGCCUUUCUACCUGAAACAUUUACGGCCCAAAGAAAUUGUAUUCCACUUCGAACUAUACAUUGAUUGUUUUUCAUCCAUAUGCGAACUGAUCACGAUGGUGGGACAGAUGCAAAACGUACUGUGGGGUAGGGAAGUGAUGGAGUGAAAACCACACAUAUCUUUUUAAAGCAUAAGUCAGUAUUAAAAAUAUUAUUUAUAGAAAUAGCUAAAGCUAUCUGAAUGUUCAUAUUUUUAAGUGAAGUUUUGAAAAAGGAACGACGUUGACCUCUUCUAGAAGAAUUGACAAAUGCCUCAUCCCCGGGCAGAGGUUUUCUGACAGAGUCCCCACCACCGGGAUCGACCAGAUGACAAAUGCCCGACAAAUGCCCCCGAGGGGGGAUAGCAACGCUUGGAAUUGACUAGGCAUUAUGCGUACAUGUAUGCUUGUGUCGGUGCGAACACGAACUUUAUUGAACACAUAACUUCUUCAUACCUGACAAAGGUUGCCCGAUACUUACUUGGAGAUGGUGUUUCUUCCAUAGAAGGCAGACGGUCAGCUAAACUCAAGAGAGUGGCUCUCACCUCGCUUUAACUAGCAGCUGCACUGGCUGCAUCAGCAUGUUUGCGAUCGGCGGCUUUUAUCACAUGGUCGAGAACAUGUCUGUCGACGUCUAGUUUGUCGGGAGUGGAGAAGGUCUCCCGAGUCCACUCCACUGGGAAGUCUCUCGACCAACUCUCGACCACCAUUUGUGCAGGGGUGGGUCAGGUCAACUAGCCCACAAUCUCCAUCGCUCGCUGACCAGCGGGUAAAAGUUCAAUUCGAGAAGCUGAAUGUUGAAUGCGGAAACUUGCAAGUACAAUGCCCAAAGUCGGGUGUCGGAAGCCAAAAAUUAAAGGCCAAAUGCUAAAUGGUGGAUGCCAAAAAAUGAAUGUACAUUCCACUGAACUUGAAGAUCGAAUUAGAAAACUUGACUGUUGCUUAUGAAAAGUUGAAUGCGAAUGCGAAAACUUGAAUGUCGCAUAAGUCAAAGUUGAAUGUUGAAUGCAAGAACGUUAAAUCGUGAGUGUAACUUCAAAUGACAAACGCAAAAUGUAGGAUAGAUUGUGCAAAGUACAAUGUAAAAUGGAAUAUUGAGUUGUGGCGGAAAUGGAAUGCCAUACAUUUCUAGCACGAAAACAAAUUAGGACAUAAUGAUAUAUAUUCACCAACAAAAACGUACGUCAUUUUGUACACACAUGCAUGUACACAUUUUGUAUUCAUAUCAUGCAGGUCCAAGCUAAGCAUUUCAGAGUAAACCAAAGAAACUAAGGUUAUUUAGCCGCAAUAAAAGUCUAAGGCUUUAACAGUGGUAAAAGAAAACCAUUUAGUAAACUGUAUUUGAGAUCAAAUGCUAUAUCAGAAAACAUCUACAUCAGAAACAUCUACUGCCUGGGUGUUUGUCAGCUGAUGCUGCAUGAAAGAUUCUUUGUCCAGCGCAGAUUGUGCAAUUUGCAUUUUGCAUGACUUUGCUUGAUUUAAAAGUCUGUUCUCUUUAUUUUUAUCCUCCUUUCUUUGAUAGGCGACAGAAAAUUCUUACAAUGGUCCACAAUGGUCAAAAUUUCUCGUUUAAGUUUUUUUUUUGAGGCUCUCAAAACUCUCUGUUUAAAAAAUAUGUAUCCAAGUUAAAGAAGUUUUGCAAAAGACUUAAAUCCAUAAACUUCCACCACAACAUGUGCAAUAAUUCUCUGCAGUUUUAUUGACGCAUUUAGAACGAAAGGAUACGUUUAUAUCUUCGCGGCCCAGGACAGCUUAAUUAAGCCAUUCUUCCAUUUCUUUGAAUUAGCUUCCGAGUCUUCCGCCAUAAAAUCUCACCUUAUUUUAACCUAGUCAAAAUGAGUACUCUCUCAAAGGGAAUGUCUGAAGGAGCCUUCAUUGAGCCUUCAGGAUACAAAAUCCAGCGGUUAUGCCAAUCUCUGAAAUACACACUUAAAUUGGCCUGAAGUUGUAAUGAACAGUAAGGAGAAAGACCUGCCGCUUGGGUUUUAGAGAUAGCUAUGUUCUAAUAGACUGAGGUUGAUUAAAGAAAUUCAAUACACUCUAGGCACUUCCAGAGAGUGCACAAUGUCAUUUGAAAAAGCUUCGUUUACAAGUAUCAUGUCAUAUUCUCUGUGAUGUAAGCUGUACUGUAGGCUCUGGCGUGGCUCAUUAAAGUAUGAAAGAAAUGACCAAGCAACUAAUUCUUAUUGAAGUCGUGCAUUUGUUGUCAUCUUGGUCAAAACCUGCUACCACAACCCCUCCCCCCCACCCAGUUUUCCCGGUCUCUUGAGCAAUUUGAAUUAAGUUUGCCUAAUUGACCUUCCAGACAUAAGAAGCUGAAAUGUUUUUAUUUUCAAUUCAAUUCACUUUAUUAAGAAUAUUUAUCACUGCUUUUCAUUCUCUAGUUUUAGCCUCCUUUUGUAGCAGUAAAAACCCAGACUGAAUACAGUGGGCGAUGUUUGUUUGUAACCAGACUACUCAUACACUGUAGUCUGUGUGUUAGGCAUUCGAAAGUAGAGAUAGAAAAAAGAGAUUGUAGGCGAGCCAACACUUGUAAGGGCAUCCACACUCUUUACAUUUUCACGAAGCCAAUUUUCCCUUUUCCUUUUCUUUGAAAUGUUUACCAUUGCACAGGCUAGCAGAAACAAGGCACAGUUUUUUGUUGUGUUUCUUUCACUGUUCACUGAGACAAAGCUCAUGUGCUGAGGCUCCGCUCUUGCUGUAUCAGGGGGUUGCAUUACAUGUCAGUUUAUUUAGCCAAGGCUUAGCAAGGACCGAAAGUUCUUAUUAGCUUGUAUCUUUGCUUGUGUCUUUGCCCCCUUUUUUUGUGGGGGGAGGGGGGGUGGGGAAGUGGGCGGAAAUUAAGCAUAAGUCACUGUACUUAGUCAACCAUAAAGUGGACAACGAAUGUAAUUAGUCUUCCUUUAAACCAUUGUACUUGUUGAUUAGAUUUUAUCUUGAUGCUGUGCAGUGGAAUAUGCAUUGGCAUCAUCUCUAGAUACAGCAUGUGAUUCCAACUAUAAGUGUAGUUCUUGUGCUUUUAAGUUUACAACGGUUACUCUGCGUACUGUAUCAUGAUUUCUGUACCUUGCUUGGUUUAACAAGAUGAUAUAAAAUGAUCCCAUGUACACCUUAGCCCGAGUGAGUAAUGUUCUUAAUUACGUGUACAAUCAUAAUGUUUUACUUCCACGUUCUUACAAAAACUUUGUUGUAAUGCAUAUGGGUGUUAAUGUAAGGCUAAAUUGUGUGAUACUUUUUCCUUUUAUGUCGCCAGUGGAAUCUAGCCGAAACUUACAUGUCAGAAGCUUCAAAGAAGGCGUUUAGCUUUAAUUUAAAGGACAGCAAUGCUGGCCCACCACAGCUGGCAGUUGUUCUUCCAUCCACAAUAGAUGUUACAACAACAUGGAAACGGCCAGAUCUACCGGUUGAUGUUCUACUGGUAACCGUGAAGGAGUGUGAGUUCUUAUCCUGUUACAAUGAACUAAAAGAUCCCUACAGAUGUUAUUACCAGGAUGUUGGUUACGUUUACUUCAACAACGUUCAAAGUCAUGAAGAGAAAGUUAAAGUUGCUCUGCUAAGGUGCAGUGAAGGUUCCAUUGGCCCAAGCAGCUCUCUGAUUGCCGUCAAGAAUGCCGCCCUUAUUUUACAACCCAAGGCUGUGAUAUCUGUUGGGGUAUGCAGUGGUCUCAAUCCUGACAAAACCAAGUUAGGGGACGUUGUUGUAUCAGCCAAACUAACAACAUAUCCAUCCAAAGUGGUGACAAGCGACCAAGAGCAGUCAGCUGGGAUGAGUAGUCACGUGAGCAGGCUUUUCUCAAAAAUAAUCUCGAACUGCGCUGAUGGAUGGCAGGCACCUUUAAAGAACCCAGAAGAUCAUCAGAUCAGAGUUCACUGGAAUGGCGAGUUCUUAAGUGGCCCAGAGGAGAUCAGAGCUCAAUGGCGUCGAAAGGAACUUGUCGACCGCCACCCCCUUGCGGCAGGAGUAGAGAUGGAGGGCGAAGGUGAGUGCAUGUCACGCUAGCUUUUAACAAUAGCGUUCUUAUACAGCUAUUUCAGUUAACGUUGUCGUAUGAAGGCUUCAGGCCUACGUGACCAGGACUCAAGGUUAUGUGGGUAGCUGUAGAUCCUUCAGUUGUAAUUCGGUCAUAAAGGUGCGGCUAACAGUACCAUAGAAUGCUUUUAAACGUCAUAAACGUUUACCUUCAUGGCUGGGAUUGGUAAAUAUUUAUGAAAUACACUGUAGUCCAGUUUCGAGUUCGCUAUGACCGCUAAAUAAAAGAAGUGAAGACGCAUUUUUUACAGGGUUAGCCUCCACCAAAAGUAAAUAUAUUCACAAAUUCCAACGAGAAGAAGACCUGCCGAAAUUUGUGAAUAUUUUACUUUAUGUCGAGGCUUACGCUGUAUGAAUGUGUCGUUAAUGUUGUCGAAAAAGGACUAUUAGCCGUAUUGCUUCUCAGUGUCAGCAGGUAGGCAUUUUGACAUCUGUUUUGGGAAACAUUUGUGACUAAAAGUUUUUGGAAGAGUAAAGCAGGCGCCAGUUUUUUUUAGAACGAAGGGAGGACGCGCUCGAACGACGGGAAAAAAGGAGAGGAGUCCGGACUCCUCUCCCCUUCGCGUGUUUUUCUCGCGCGCUUUAAAAAACGGACCAAAAGAACUAUCUGGCGCCUGCCAGGCAGGCUAUUGAAGGAGCGACGAAAAUUUUUAUUUUGAAUGCCUACAUGACAAUUGCUUUAAGAAUUAGUGGUCCGAUGUACGGUGGAACCCCGCCUUCGGCCACCUCGGUAAUACGCUCACCUCGUUAUUACAGCCAAACGGCCGCGCCAUACUUUUUCUGAUUAAAAAAAAAACCAUUAAUACGGUCACCCGUUAAUACGGCCAACGGCCACAUUUUAAAAUCCCAAACAGUAGAAUCUUUUAUAAUUUUACCUCGUUAAUACGGCCACUCGUUCGAAAUUUAGAAAAUUAAAAUGCGUGAGCCUGAUCUUGUAUCGUUUUUUGAACUACAGUACACCUAAAAUGCAUUUGUACUAUUUGUGGCGGUUUAAUAGCGGAUUUUUAAAAGUGUUUUGUGCACUGAAGGAGAGUUUAGCCCUUCGACGACUGCGGUGGUCGUUUUCGUUCCAUGUGAACGAUGCAUAUCUUUCUUCCUGGAUCCCUUAAGCUUUCAGUGUAAGUUAAUAAAUUGGUGAGCAACAACGUAAGCAAAGAUAGAUCUUUCCAGCGAUAUCUCGUUUUGGAUAUUCUGACCAAUGUUAACAAAGUUACACUCACAAAAACAGGUAAUAUUUUGAGGAGAAACCCACUGCUAAUUUCGCUGUUUACCCACUCCUCUUUGACGAUUAUAUUUGUCCCUUUCCUAAAAAGUUGGCCAGCCACAAUUCCAUGCGAAAGAAAGACCGAAAAGCGGGCAACAAAACUGCUAAUAAAGAAGAAAGGAAAAAGGAAAAAGGACAGCGAGAGAGAAAGAUCGAAAGAGAUUCGCCAUAAAAAGUUCAAGUCCAAGUCCAAAUUUUAGCUUGUUCGCAUGCGUGAAAAAGAAAAAAGCUGUUUAAUUACGUCCUAUUAGUCGGAAAAUAUGCCUCAUUUUUAAUCAUUCUUAUGCUUAUUAGCCGAAAACCAGUCCAAAGAAGAGGAAAUUGGUGAAAAAAGCGGUUUUUUCGCUACUCGUCGGCCGUCGCUAAAAGGUUGAAGCAUCUUUUACAAUUACUGUUCGCGAUAUCUACAUUCCGGUUGUUUGUUUAGAAGAGAACAGUUGUUCAAGAAGUGCGACUGCGAUAUAUGGUGUAUUUGUUGUUAAGUCCCGUACGUUAUGAAAUUUGACCCUGCCCCGGUAAACACGUAUUUUCACAUUAUGAUCCAAUACAUUGGAACUCCGUUAAUACGGUCACCAAUGGGUCAAACAAAAUUGGCCGUAUUAACGGAGUUCCUCUGUACUGGAUCAUAAUGUGAAAAUAGGUGUUUACACACUUCAUUGAAAUAACUGAUAUACACUUGGCACCAUUUUCACGCAACAAUUAUGGAGUAAAAUUAAACAAGAGGCAUACAUGUAAUCGCUAAAAUAAAUGGGAAAAUAUGUCUGUGUUGUUUAAGUCUGAUCUGUGAUCGUCUGAUUACGUGCAACGCAAACAGCUUUCGAUCAAGAUUCAGAACUUUACAGCUGCAAACUUAACAGAACGUCAACGGAAUAUGAAGUGAACUUUUUCCCUUAUAAUUAACAAUAAAGUAAAUUAUUGAAUAAAACAGAGAGAGAUUGCAGUCAGCAAAUCAAAAGAAACGGCAUGAAAAUCAUAAUCUGUCGUACUUGGCUGUCGUUGGGGUCUGGCAUCCCUUGAUUCGGUGUUUUCUUGUCUCUGGGCAGUUAACUUCCAGUUUGUAAUCAGAGAGACAUUUUUGUGAAAGUUUAACCUUUAAAAAUUAUUUGAAAGUAAAGAUUUACACAUGCGUCUAUGUGCAAGACAAUUAUUCUUUUAGUUUCUUAAGUCCGCAAGACUUGAUUUCCUAAAAAUAAUGCUUCCUAAUUGUAUUCCAUAUUUCAGGUGUUUUCACCGCUGCAUAUGAUUCUCAACUCGAGUGGCUCAUUGUUAAAGGGAUAGCUGAUUUUGCGGAUGGUGAGCAAGCGACUGCAGAAAGUUGGGAGGCCUGUGCUAGUAUGAUGGCAGCAUCUCUUGUCUCACACAUUUUAAGUGAUCCUUGUGUUUUUCGCACUUGGCCUCAUUACUCAGGUAUAAAUUCUUGUCAGUUUGGUGUGUGAUGAUUAGGCGCAGGGGUAACAGGCCGAAUUUGCCGUCAGUAAAAGAAGUCUUGAAUGUGCGGUAUUGAGUGAGACAGUGCGGAAGCUCAGAUCCGAGAUCAAAAGGCUUGUCAAUAUUUUUGUCCAUUCUGAUAUUCCAUCUUCAUCGCCAAGCGGCGUGAAAUUAAGAGUUAGUUUAAGAAAUUGAAAUUCAGGGUUUAAUUCACGUUCUGGUUCUGCACUUUUUCACACGGACUUUACAAUUCCGGAAAAGUAAAACUGUCAAAAAAACUACAUACACUCUUCUCUCGUUCUAGAUCAAAAACUAAGCGAUAAGGGUAUUUUAAGGCUCUAUUGUCUUUCACACGCGUGUCAAUAGUAAGGCGAUCGACGUUAAAUAGGCUCGAGGUUCACUUCAGAGUUCAAGGUCCUUCAAAACUAGUUCAAAUUAAAAACGUUCCGUAAUGUCACGCACGAAUUCUGUCACAGUUAGAAAGAAGCACUUGAGAGGAUUGGGGUCGUUACCUCAACUUUUAGACGCUCAACUUUAAGUCUAGCACUUUGAGAGUUAGACAAACUUGAAGAAAAUGUGCGUCGUUUCUGGUCAAAAAUUCAGAUUAUACGUUCUUUCCAUAGCUAUAAAUUGCGUAUCGACUAAGAGUAAGACACAAAACGCUAAUGUUGUCUUUGGCUGAUUCUUUCAGUGGAUGGUCUCUUUGAGGCUCAGCACGAUAGUGCUAGGAAGCAGAAGCUAACUAAGAACCAGACUAAGAAGCAGACCUAUUCCACUCUUUGCUUCACUUUGGUUUUAAUGAGUCGCCUCACCAAUGCAAUCCGGGAAGUCUUUUGCUCGUGGAUUUCGGAAUUUUGGGCUUUGGAUUCUGGAAUUUAACUCUUGGAUUCCGGAACUCAGUCCCAGGAAUCCGUAAUCCCGCAGCAAUUGGAAUCCGUAAUCUAAGUUCAACUGACAAGGAAUCCGGAAUCCAGUAUGUGGAGUCCAGAAUUCACAGCGUGAAUCCAGGAUCAAAGACUUUCUUGGAUUACCUUAUAUGGGGCGAAAUGAGCAAAACAUUCAUCAUGAGACGCGUACAGCGCCGCACAUGCGCCUGACAGAGUUGACUUUAAGUCAGUUUAUUCUUGUGUACGUAAUCACAGUCUAUUAAAAGAAGGAAAUGUGCUAGUAAAUCCACCCAACUCAAACGCAAAUAUGCUGUUGUCGGCCUACAGCUAUUUUGAUUAACGUUGCAACAGGAAAGUCUUUGCGAUGAGAUCGCAAAUAAUAUGGGUAAUUCCAUAUAAAAUUUACCAAAUUCUGAAGAAGGUAAAAGUUUGUGACAUUUCUUAUAUACUAUUCUGUGGCACUGUCGGCCGCGAAUGGAUGACCAAAUUGCAAAGAAUUUACAUGCAGCUACCCACAUGACCUUGCAGUCUUGUGGAGUAGGCAUGAGACCUUGAAGUCCGACAAGGUUAACUGAAAUAGAUGGACAUGAUGUGGCCCGCGUCUCAACCAACGAUUUUCUUCACAGGUGCUUCUUGCGAUGACCAGAUCUCACGACAAACCAAAAGGGGAAUGUACUCUGACCACUUAUCUCAGCAAAACGAAUCCAUAACCCAGCAGCAUCUUGCAGGUAUCUUUCUCUAACAACGCACUGAAAUUGUGACACUUUAUAAGUCUAUAGUCAGUCUAUGGUUCGCAUUAUGUUAGUACAGCUUUUGAAGAAACCAACAGUAAUACCCCUAAAAUGCUCAAAAUUGUGCGGUAUGGUAAAGUUUCCUGCUUUAAUAAAGCUUUUUUUAUUUAGGAAAAACCAUAGACGCAAAACAGCUUUGAUUUGCGUUUGUCAUGAAUACAUUCACUCAUCAAACAGAGAGUGAAAACGGAGAGUGAUACUGGAGAGAGUGACUAAUUUUCGUGUGGGGCUCGCGUGCGACACACGGCGUCCACGGAGCUCUGUGUCUAACGAGCAGCGUUUAAUUUUCUCAAAGAAAAAUACUGUUUGGCAGUCUAGGAAAAAAAUGAGCCUACCACAAGCGAUUUUAUCAUAGAAAAUAGACCUUCCUACGUAUUUUAACAGUUUUGAUUUGGACCAUUUGGCUGGAAAGAAGACCUUAAAAUCACUUGCUGAGUUAAAGAGUGUUUUGUUAAAACUAACCAACAUAUAGCUCCAAAAAGACGCGAAAUUGUACAGACGUUUCUAUGGAAGAGAGCAAGUUCAUGCCCCCCACCAUACAAAAGUCUGCAUAAAAUUUCGGGACUUUGUCACGGUUGAAGAAUAUCUUCGCUCGCUCUGAACGUAUCGCCUUUAAACAAGGUAAGUUUUAAGGCGCUCUCCAGUAGUGUAGUGUCGAUGGAUAAUUGCUUACUUAAAAUCUUGGAAGGGUCUAUUAAGUGCAAAUUACAUAAGCGACGUAAAGACAAACCUGUGUUGGGUUUUGUAAAUAUUUCUUCACAUAAUUCAUGCUUCUUCUUAAUUAGGAUUGAGAAUCAUUAUAGUUAUCCUAAAAAGGUCGUCUAUAUCGAUCUUCAACUCGUUCGUUUUGCAACGUUACAAAACCAUAAAAGCGUAUCGUAGACGAUAUACAGAGCGUGGACGGCUUGUAUGACAGUAUAAUAAAACCAAAUCGAUCUUAUUUUUUGGAUCUUGUAUUUCUCAGGGGUGCCAGCUAUCAUAGAAUGGAUUCGUCAGCUUUACAAACGUCGUGAAGGACGGCUGGUACCAUUUCCAUGGUGUGAUGACCUUAAUUUCAACCUGAAUGAGAUUUUCACCCGACUGAAGAUCGUGAACAAAGAAAAAAUGCGUGGAACAUUGACGGAUGAUGAAAUCACCAACAUGACUGCUAUCUUUAGACCCCACCCUGAUUGCCCGAAACCACGGAUUCUUUUGAUCGAAGGAGAACCUGGCAAGGGAAAAACCACCUACUCACAAAAACUGGCGUAUGACUGGGCAAAUAAACAAGAUGAAUGGGACUCGUCUUUUCCAUCAAUUGAAGUGCUGCUCUUGCUUAGAUGCAACGAUGUUAAAUCUGGCAUCUGGGAAGCUAUUGACGACCAACUUCUUCCUGAUGCUAUUGACGAAAAGGCUAAGGAGAAUUUUUUCAAAUACAUCCGAGAAAAUCAGGCCAAAUGUUUGCUACUGCUUGAUGGAUUAGAUGAGGCAGAUUCCUUUAGACUGGACAUGUACUACUCGCUCGUUCAGAGUAAACUCCUCCCAGCUUGUCACAUUGUCAUUACAUCUCGCCAUGAGGUUGGAGAGAAAGUAAGGCCAUACUGUGACGCCCUGUGGGAGGUUGUAGGAUUUACUAAAGAGGAUGCGAAAAGUUUUAUCAGAAAGUAUUUUAAAGGCAAGGAACACUUGGCUGAGAAGCUGAUUGAACGAUUGACACUUCCAGAGUAUGAUGAUGAUCCACUUAAAACGCUAGGCGAGUUAACAAAAAAUCCACUCAAUACAGCUUUACUCUGUUGUCUUUUCGAGGAUUUGGAAGGUGUUCUUCCAACAAGCAGGACUGAGUUGUACGUUGAAAUAGUUACCUUUGUUUUGAGAAGAUACGAAGUAAAAAACGGACUUAAAAGCAGCGGUGAGGACUUGAUUUCAGGUUAUAAGAAAGAACUUUUGCUUUUGGGCAGCUUCGCGUUAGAAUCCCUACUUAAAGGAGAGUCGUACUUUGAAAAGAAGGAAGAUACCGUCAAGCGUAUCAAUUUUGGAUUCUUGUCUUUUCAACAAGGUGCCGCCAAGCGCAAACCUUCCACGCGCUGUGCAUUUUUACACAAAAGCUUUCAGGAGUUUUUUGCUGGCCUUUUCCUUGCGUUUCAAAGUAUCAGCAAAGAAAGAGACUUUACCUCAGUUGUAGACGAUAAGAGAUACUUGGAUAAACUGAGACAGGUCUUUUUGUUCAUGAGUGGCAUCAUGGCCUUGCGGAGUGAGGAAACUGCAAUGUCGUUCUUUAUUGUUAUUGCUAAAAAAAUCAGCUCUGCCGAAGACCGUAAAUCAUAUAUGAGUUUAGCUUGUGAGUGUUUGUUGGAAUGUUCAAGUGUCCAGGACAACCUUGAAACUCGCUUAGUUUCUAGUUUAGGUAAGCACCUUGACAUGUCGUCCCUGACUGAAGUGAAUUUUGGCGAAACAGGCAUACACGAUGCUGGUGCUACUGCGAUUUCCAUGGCCCUCGCAGUAAACUCCUCCCUGACUAGUUUGGAUUUACAUGAUAACAGUAUUGGCGGAAACGGCGCUUCUUCUCUUUCUCAAGCCCUAACAACAAACUCCUCCAUGACUAGCUUGUAUUUAAGUGGUAACCGUAUUGGCGACGUCGGCGCUUCUUCUCUUUCUCAAGCCCUCACAACAAACACCUCCCUGACUAGUUUGGAUUUAGGUGGUAACAGUAUUGGUGACGCCGGCGCUUCUUCUCUUUCUCAAGCCCUCACAGUAAACUCCUCCCUGACUAGCUUGUAUUUAAGUGGUAACCGUAUUGGCGACGCCGGCGCUUCCUCUCUUUCUCAAGCCCUCAAAGUAAACUCCUCCAUGACUAGCUUGUAUUUAAGUGGUAACCGUAUUGGCGACGUCGGCGCUUCUUCUCUUUCUCAAGCCCUCACAACAAACACCUCCCUGACUAGUUUGGAUUUAGGUGGUAACAGUAUUGGUGACGCCGGCGCUUCUUCUCUUUCUCAAGCCCUCACAGUAAACUCCUCCCUGACUAGCUUGUAUUUAAGUGGUAACAGUAUUGGCGACGCCGGCGCUUCCUCUCUUUCUCAAGCCCUCAAAGUAAACUCCUCCCUGACUAGUUUGGAUUUAGGUGGUAACAGUAUUGGUGACGCCGGCGCUUCUUCUCUUUCUCAAGCCCUCACAGUAAACUCCUCCCUGACUAGUUUGGAUUUACGUUAUAACAGAAUUGGCGACGCCGGUGCUUCCUCUCUUUCUCAAGCCCUCACAGUAAACUCCUCCCUGACUAGCUUGUAUUUAAGUGGUAACCGUAUUGGCGACGCCGGCGCUUCUUCUCUUUCUCAAGCCCUAACAACAAACGCCUCCCUGACUAGUUUGGAUUUAGGUCGUAACAUUAUUGGCGAGGCCGGCGCUUCUUCUCUUUCUCAAGCCCUCACAUUAAACUCCUCCCUGACUAGCUUGUAUUUAGGUGGUAACGGAAUUGGCGAGGCCGGCGCUUCUUCUCUUUCUCAAGCCCUCACAGCAAACUCCUCCCUGACUAGUUUGGAUUUACCUGCUAACUGUAUUGGCGACGCCGGCGCUUCUUCUCUUUCUCAGGCCCUCACAGUAAACUCCUCCCUGACUAGUUUGGAUUUAGGUUAUAACAUUAUUGGCGAGGCCGGCGCUUCUUCUCUUUCUCAAGGCCUCACAGUAAACUCCUCCCUGACUAGUUUGGAUUUACGUGCUAACCGUAUUGGCGAGGCCGGUGCUUCUUCUCUUUCUCAAGCCCUCACAGCAAACUCCUCCCUCAAGAAUCUCUUCUUUUGA